UUCUGCCGUUUCUACUACGAGUUCUAAUACUCCUCAUACAGGUUCUACUCCUACUAUUGGUUCUAAUAAUCCUAAUAAAAGUCCUCCUCUUACUACCAUUUCUACUGCUCGUACUACUGGUUUUACUGUUUCUGGCUCUAUUAAUGUGUUGAAAUCGAAUACCAACAGUAUCAAAAAAGCAUUGACCAGAAACAUCAAACAAAGACAUGAAAUCGAAGAAACCAUUAAUCAAAUUUCAAAAAAAUCCAAAAUUGGAAAUAGUAGAAACUGA